CCUAAUUUUGAAAACAAAAUUUGAUAUUGAUAAAGUAAUUAAAGUCAACAGAAAUUGCAAUUUGGGCUGCGGAGAUUCAUUCCAUAAAGCUUGAUCGUAUAUAAUUCUUAGUUCAUCUUCUUCACACAAUCACAAUGGGUUCUGUGGCCAAGGAAAUUGCUUCAGAGUUGCUUCCUUUUCUCCGGGUCUACAAAGAUGGCUCGGUCAAGCGCUUAAAUGGCUCCACCAAAGUCCCACCAUCUCCUCAAGACCCAGAAACUGGAGUCUCAUCGAAAGAUGUCAUCAUUUCUGAAAUUCCCCACCUCUCAGCUAGAGUUUAUUUGCCAAAGUUAACCCAACCCAACCAAAAACUCCCUGUUUUGGUCUAUACUCACGGCGGAGGCUUCUGCUUUGAAUCUGCCUUCUCUUCAGUCGAGACGAAGUUAAUGAACAGCUUGGUUUCUGAAGCCGAAAUAGUUGCAGUUUCAGUAGAGUACAGGCUAGCUCCUGAAAAUCCCAUCCCUCUUCUUUAUGAAGAUUGCUGGACUGCCCUGAAAUGGGUUGCAUCACAUUCAGCUGAUGACAACGGCGGUAUUAAAGAGCCAUGGUUGACAGCUUACGGCGACCUUGAACGAGUUUUUAUCGGCGGAGAUAAUGCAGGAGCCAACAUUACGCAUAACAUACUGAUGCGAGCAGGCCAAGAGAGCUUGCCCGGCGGUGUAAAGAUCGUCGGAGCUUUUCUCACUCACCCAUACUUCUGGGGCUCCAAGCCAAUUGGGUCAGAGAUUGGAGGCUCGGAACGUGAGAAGCUUGUGCCUCAUGUGGUUUGGAACUUCUUAUAUCCAACGGCGCCUGGUGGCAUUGAUAAUCCGAUGAUAAAUUUUGUUGCCCCUGAAGCGCCGAGCUUGGCUCAGCUCGGGUGUCGGCUGUUGCUGGUGAGUGUAGCGGAGCUGGAUGUGCUGAGGGAUAGAGGUGUUUUAUACUAUAAUGCAGUGAAGGAAAGUGGGUGGAAAGGAGAGGUGGAGCUUGUUGAAAUGGAGGGAGAAGACCAUGCCUUCCAUAUUUUGAAUCACGAGACAGAAAAUGCUAGGAAAUUGAUCAAACUCUUGGCUUCAUUUCUUGUCAAGUAGAUUAAUUUAUCAUCAUCAUCAGUUCAGUCCUUUAAAUCUCUGAUACAGCUUUUUGUUAUAUCAGUUCAGCUGAUCAUUCUCACUUAUUAGGAUGCAUGAAACAUAAACAGCUUUUGUUAUCUUCAAUUGACGACCAGUUCUUGAAGUCCAA